AUGCUUCAGACUGAUUAUCAUGCUUCUAUAAUGCUCCAGACUGAUCAUCAUGCUUCUAUAAUGCUCCAGACUAAUCAUCAUGCUUCUAUAAUGCUCCAGACUGAUCAUUAUCAUGCUUCUAUAAUGCUCCAGACUAAUCAUCAUGCUUCUAUAAUGCUCCAGACUGGUCACCACGCUUCUAUAAUGUUCCAGACUAAUCAUCAUGCUUCUAUAAUGCUCCAGACUGCUCACCACGCGUCUAUAAUGCUCCAGACUAAUCAUCAUGCUUCUAUAAUGCUCCAGACUGAUCAUCAUCACGCUUCUAUAAUGCUCCAGACUGAUUAUCAUGCUUCUAUAAUGCUCCAGACUGAUCAUCAUGCUUCUAUAAUGCUCCAGACUAAUCAUCAUGCUUCUAUAAUGCUCCAGACUGAUCAUUAUCAUGCUUCUAUAAUGCUCCAGACUAAUCAUCAUGCUUCUAUAAUGCUCCAGACUAAUGAUCAUGCUUCUAUAAUGCUCCAGACUGGUCACCACGCUUCUAUAAUGCUCCAGACUAAUCAUCAUGCUUCUAUUAUGCUCCAGACUGCUCACCACGCUUCUAUAAUGCUCCAGACUAAUCAUCAUGCUUCUAUAAUGCUCCAGACUUAUCGCCACGCUUCUAUAAUGCUCCAGACUGAUCACCACGCUUCUAUAAUGCUCCAGACUAAUCAUCAUGCUUCUAUAAUGCUCCAGACUGGUCACCACGCUUCUAUAAUGCUCCAGACGAUCAUCAUGCUUUUAUAA